AUGGCCGGCAUACUCUGUGUGUGGGCGAAUCUCCCAGAACCGGCCCUUGAUUGGUAUGAGGAUAUGAUCACUGGCGAAAGGAAUGCGAAUCCAGAUUUAUAUCUGGACUCACUGCAUUGCGAAGUCACCGCAAGCGGUAUGGAAGGCGACCCAAUAGGCAAACUCGACUCUCCAUGGCGCUGGUUCACUAUUCAUGAAACGAGCGACUUGGACAAAGCCUCGAGUCGCUCAGACGCCAAUCAACAAACGCUCACGGACACCGCCCUCAUCGCCGAGUUUAAAGAAGCGCGCUUCGACGUGCGAACAUAUACAGAACACAAGCGCUGGCAAGCCGAGGACUGGAAUGGUGGUGAGACUUAUAAUGCCGAGAUUGCGAGUGUGGCCGCUAUGGAGUGGCAUCUGCCAGCUGAUAUGGAAGACAAGGUUCUGGACUACUACAUCAACGACGUUGCACCGGGCAUCAUGACUUCGCCAGACGUGCUCAGGUUUAGGCUAUUCAAAGUAAAGAACGCGACCGUAUGGGAAAAGAACACACACACUACCUUGGACAAGACCGCACUAAAAACCUACUUCACGCUUGUCGAGCUCGCAGGUGACGAAUGGCCAUGGGCCGCCAUAGUUGACAUGGCUGAGGAUGAGAGGUGGAAAGCGUACUUUGAGUCGCAGACAGUAGUGAAAUGGCAGCUCAGCCAUUACCUAGUCCAGAAAUCUUUUCCCGAACGCGACAGCGCGACAGGCUCUGACACCGGCGACGACGACAGCAGCGACGAAUACCACACUCGAUGACAAGAUCAUCUUGCUUGCUGUUCGUAUCGAAUCACUAUUGUGCCCAUUUCGAAAGAUUUGUAUCCAUUUUUAUUUAGAUUGGGCCUUUUUGCACAACUUGACAAAAAAAGCCUCAGGUUCUAUACUGUGUGUUGAUCGGUCGAUACCCUUCCUUACUCUCGGUUGGCGUCAAGGUUUUCAGUCGAGGUUCCGGUAUUUCCGAUUUCGGGGUUCGUCAUGUAGGUCUUCAAGAUCUUGACUUGGAUGGUGGGGAGUCGGGCCCUUUUCGAGGUUCUGGGUUGCCCCGGUUUUCUUUAUAUGUCAGUAGCGAUCGGCGGGUGGGGGUUCGCACCUGCUUCUUUGCGUUAGGUGCGUUUUCCAUCGCUUAUGCAUGAAUGUCAGGAGAUUUCUCGGUCUUGCUUGUCUAGGUGGCUAGCUGGCAAAGAUCCCUACAUACCAGAAAUUCUACCAACUUCAGAUAAUAAGUGAG